UGCAACAUAAACUCAAGACACAAGUUCUAAGCCAUGUUCUUGCAUUAAAAACAAGGCCAUGGAUUUACUCAGAAACUCAUUUCAGCUUCUUAUACUCUUCUUAAUCAUCUUUAUGUUCCCUGUCUCAGCAAAAGGGUUCAAGAACCCAAGGAUAGGUGCAUUCAGUAGAACAGCAACCCACCAUGAACCCAAAAUAUUCAAUCCUGCCACUGCUUCCCAGGAUUUUCAGUUCUUCUUUUAUUGCCAAAGGCUGGAUCAUUUCAACUACAAGCCUGAAAGUUACUCAACUUUUCAACAAAGAUAUGUGAUCAAUUCCAAGUACUGGGGUGGUGUAAAUUCCAGUGCACCAAUCUUUGCAUUCCUUGGUGAAGAAACGGAUUUGGAUUAUGAUCUUUCUAUUAUCGGAUUCCUCACUGAUAAUGCCUCUCGUUUCAAGGCCCUACUUGUUUAUAUAGAGCACCGGUUUUAUGGGAAGUCAAUACCAUUUGGAUAUUCGAGUGAAGAAGCUAUGAAAAACGCUAGUAUUCGGGGUUUUUUCAACUCAGCUCAAGCCAUAGCAGAUUAUGCUGCCAUUCUUAUUCACGUAAAGAAAACAUUAUUAGCCAAGGACUCUCCAAUAAUUGUUAUUGGAGGUUCUUAUGGCGGAAUGCUUGCAGCAUGGUUUCGGCUAAAGUACCCCCACAUCGCCUUGGGGGCUCUAGCUUCGUCAGCUCCAAUUCUUUACUUUGAUGACAUUGCACCACAAGCUGGCUAUUACUCAAUUGUCACCAAGGAUUUCAAAGAAACUAGUGAGAGUUGCUACGAGACUAUUAGAAAAUCUUGGUCUGAGAUAGACGAAGUUGCUUCCAAGCCUGACGGUCUAUCAAUUCUAAGCCAAAAAUUCAAAACUUGCAGCAAACUGAAGAGAAGCUUUGACUUGAAGGACUACUUAGACUCAAUGUAUGCUGAAGCAGCACAAUACAAUGAACCCCCAAUUUACCCCUUAACCAUUCUCUGCCGUGCCAUUGAUGGAGCAGCUGAAGGAGCUGACAUCCUCGGCCAAUUAUUUACCGGAGUUGUUGCUUACAUGGGAAACAAAUCAUGCUAUGACAUGGAUCAAUAUAAUGAUCCAACUGAUAGAUGGAGAUGGCAGAUGUGUAGUGAGCUGGUGAUUCCCAUAGGCCAUGAAAAAAAUGACUCCAUGUUCCAACCUGCACCAUUCAAUCUAAGCAGCUUCACAAAGGAAUGCAAGAGCUUGUUUGGCGUCCAGCCUCAGCCUCAUUGGAUCACCACUUAUUAUGGAUGCCAUGAUAUAAAGUUAACUCUCCAUAGAUUUGCUAGCAACAUUAUUUUUUCAAACGGCCUCAGAGAUCCUCAUAGCAGCGGCGGGGUGUUGGAAAAUAUAUCAGACAGUGUAGUUGCAAUCUCCACAGUGAAUGGAUCUCAUUGCUUGGAUAUACUUCCGGCGAAGACAAGUGAUCCAGAGUGGUUAACCCUACAACGGAAAAAUGAAGUCGAGACCAUUGAAGGCUGGAUUUCCAAUUAUUACAGUGAUUUAGAAGAGUUUAGUGGUCAAACUCAAGCUUGAUUAUUACUAAAAGAGAGAGCUACUGCUAGAAUUAUGGCGGAAAUAUUUAUGAAGUGAGAAAACUAAAAGCAAAACUAGUAGUUGGGUAACAAUAAAUAUUAUGCUACAUC